AGAGAAUAUAAUACAGUGCAACUAUUAUUUAUUUUUUACAGCUGCACUCUCUGUGCCGUUCAUCUUCCCUCUUUUUCUAUCCGACAUCCAAUUGUAUAUCUAUCUUAUUUUUAAGUUCAAGAAGCAGUGCAAUUAUCUUCUAUUAGGAAAGUCUUAUGAUGCGCUGUUGAAAGUGCUGCACACGUUUUAUUUCUUGGUUGAGAAACACGAUUAUGGCAAAGGUUUCGUGGAAACGUGUUAAGACAACAAGAAGCACGAGAGAGCAGUUGGAAGUGCUCGAUAAAUCGGAACUGAUCGAUAAGAUAUUACAAUUGGAAGCUCACAACGAGCAACUGAAACUAACAAUUACAAAACGUACGGAUACUAAAAUGAAGAAAGAAGAGACACCAGGGAAAGUAAGAAAAUCAUUUGAUUUUUCACGAUGUCACAAAAGGCACAUUCUGCUAAAGUUUUAUUAUCUUGGUUGGGACUAUCAUGGUUUUGCUGUACAAGAAGAUAAUACUGAUACCAUUGAGCAUCAUUUAUUCGCAGCUCUGCUAAAAAGCUGCUGCAUAGAAUCCCGCGAGAGUUCAAAUUACCAUCGUUGUGGACGAACCGAUAAAGGUGUUAGCUCCUUCUCUCAAGUAAUCUCAUUGGAUGUACGCAGUAGAUUAGAACCAGAAAAUCAAGACAACCUAUCCGAUGAGUUACCAUAUUGUAAAAUAUUGAACAGAUUACUACCAGCAAACAUAAGAUGUAUAGCAUGGUGUCCAGUCUCAUCCAUUUUCUCAGCAAGAUUUGACUGCAAGUUUAGAAGCUAUAGAUAUUUCUUCCCAAGGGGUAAUUUAGAUAUAGAAGCCAUGGACAAAGCUGCCAAAUAUGUCAUAGGGGAUCAUGAUUUUCGUAAUAUUUGUAAAAUGGAUGUAGCUAAUGGUGUAAUUAAUUUUAAAAGAACUGUAAUGGAUGCAAGAGUGAAUUCUCUUAAUGAUCAGAAUGUGGAAAAGUCAACGGGUUACGAUAUGUGUGAAUUAGAAAUCACAAGUCAAGCCUUUCUUUGGCAUCAAAUUCGUUGUUUAAUGGGCAUCCUGUUGUUGAUUGGACAAAGGAAAGAAGAACCUGAAAUAAUCUUGAAGCUCCUAGACAUUGAGACUUGCCCACAGAAGCCACAGUACAAUAUGGCUCAUCAAGUUCCAUUGAAUCUCUGGUAUUGUGAUUAUGAAAGCAUAAAUUGGUUUAUGGACGAAAAUGAAUUAUUAAACACUAUCAAAGUAUUACAACAAGAUUGGGCUCUCAAUACUAUAAAAUCUACAAUGAUUAAAAAUAUGUUGAUGAAAUUGGAAAAUUUCAUUAAUCGUGUAAAUACUGAUUUUCAAAGCGAUUGUCUGCUGCUCGGAGUACAAUCAAAAAUAUAUCAACCACUGAUGAAGAGAGAAAUGUGUGACAGUUUGGAAAAUAAAAUCAAACAUUAUGAGAAGAAACGAAAAUUUGAAAUCAUACAUUCCGAGGUUACAUAGCAUAUACCUUUGCUAAUCACAGAACUUGUGUAAUAUAUUACACACACACUAAUAAUUUUAAAUACAUGCUUUUUUUUCUUUAUGUAAAUAUUACAUACAGCAUCUUAAAUUUUCACUAUACGUGAGGGCUUUGCUUAGCCUUAUUGUUCGUCAAAUUUUGAUAGCGAUUAGAAUUUUCCAAAAACGUUAAAUUUUACGGGAAUGCCGUAUUGAAAUAAUGUCGAUAGGCCUGGAAUAAUAUAUUCGCGAAAGAAUGACGAGGAAAGUUUAUAUGAAGCAAUAAUGAAAAUUUUUAUAAUUUUUAUUUAUUGUAUGGAAAUUAAAAUAAAUCAUUAAACAAGAUGAAUUUUUCUGUGCAUAGCUUACUAGUAUUUUUAAGUACUCAUAAUGUUAUUGUAACUUUAUCUAAUCUUGGAAAAUCUAACAGCGGUUUAUGCUAAACAUUCAGGUUCAUUUUAAAAUGUUUAUUUACAGAGGAUGGAGCUAAAGAGCUAUAAAGAUGGAGUUGAAAAAGAGCUAUAUAUACAUAAUUAAAAUGUGAAAUUUAGCUUGGGCAUUUUAAUGUAAUUGAUGUAAACACUUUCUUUGCUGCUUGAUAUUUUAGUCGCGAUAGCAUCAAA